CGUCAGUUCUAUUGUGAACUGAACUAGAAAGUGUCUAAGACUAAUAUAUUGUCAUAAUGAUUGAUUCGCUUAACAACCAAACCGACAGUGAAGGACAAAGCGAUGAAAACCUAUCCCCUAUAAAAAAAUUCUUCACCAACGCCAACGUCUUCCUCACUGGUGGCACCGGAUUCCUAGGGAUGCUUCUGUUGGAGAAGCUCUUGUUUGCCUGCCCAAAUAUUUCCAACAUCUACAUGUUGGUGAGGAGUAAGAAAGGAAAAUACGUACAAACCAGAUUGGAAGAGCUCUUUGACGACGUCGUCUUCGCUAGACUGAGAGAGCAGUAUCCUAACUUCAGAGAGAAGAUUUUCCCUAUUGAAGGUGAUUGCGAACUUCCAAACCUAGGUCUUAGUAUACAGGAUAGAGUCCUUUUAAUCACCGAGGUUAACAUCGUCAUCCAUGCGGCAGCCACUGUUAGAUUCGAUGAAUCCCUGAAGAAGGCUUCCAUCAUCAAUGUUAGAGCUGUUCGAGAUAUCAUGAGACUGGCCCAGCGGAUGCCCAAUCUAAAGUCGUUAGUUCACGUAUCCACAGCUUUCUCCAACUGCACACAUAGCCACAUAAAGGAAGAGGUUUAUCCUCCAGCUAGGGACUACAAGAAGCUGCUGCUUGUGACGGAGGCUCUGCCUGAUGACAUCUUAACAAGGAUAACCCCACUACUUUUGGAAAACUACCCCAACACGUAUUCGUUCACCAAGCAAGUCGGAGAAGACGUCGUGAGGCAGGAAGGCGCAGGACUACCAGCGGGGAUACACAGACCGUCAAUUGUCCAAUCAACAUACAAAGAACCAGUUCGCGGUUGGACUAACAACUUUUACGGUCCCACGGGAUAUCUAGUUGGUGGUGGGUUGGGUUUGAUGAGGACAGCUGAAAUUUACUCGGAUGUCAAAGCGAAUAUGGUGCCGGCAGACAUGGUUGUGAACUCGAUCAUAGCAACUGCUUGGGACAUCGCAGAGAGAUUUGCUGGAAGGGACCAAAAGGGAAACGAAGUUCCGGUCUACAAUUUCGAAGCCAGUCACAGUCCUAUACUGACUUGGGAAGACUACAUAAAGAUAUGUGGAAGAUUCGCCUACAGAUACAGCUCAGUUCACGCCAUGUGGUACAUGUUUUUCAUACCAACACGAAACCGAAUUUCUUACGUCAUUGCUGCAUUUUUCCUCCAUAAAAUACCUGCCUUUGUGGUGGAUGCUGUUCGAUUUUGUUUAAGGAAGCCCCCGAUACUGUUGAGGGUGUAUAAAAAAAUAGACAAAAUGGUUGACGUGUCGAGUUACUUCAUACUUAAGGAGUGGUCCUUCGAGUCCGAGAACGUCCCGAGACUUAAAACUAAAAUGUAUGAUGAAGACAGGACAACCUUUUUCUGUGAUAUGAAGGAUUUUGAGUGGGAAGAAUACUUAGAAUACUGUGUUCGAGGAAUCAGGAUAUACUUGAUAAAAGACCCCUUGGAGACGAUUCCUGUAGGACAGAAGAGAUUUAGAAGGUUAUAUUGGAUACACCAGUUCACUAAAACUGUAGUCGCCGCCUUGUCCCUAUGGAUUUCGUGGUGUUUCUGUUCUUUGACAUUUGGAUCUGUGCUUUAA